UUGCGGCGACGGCUUUGAUUGCGGCUUGUUUUGGUUUUAUAUUCACUCAUUUGCUUUCGCGCCCGAUCGUUAAGAGGUGCUACCGUUUUGUGCGUGAGCACACACAGCUCAGUUGGCUUUUGGCCAUUAGCACGAACGGUAGUGGUGAACGCGUACAAGUUGAAACGACAAACACACAACAGAAACUCAGUUCGGCACAGUGUUUAGUCAAACUUUAGUCCAUCGCUUGCUAAUUUAACGCCGUGAAGGAAAGUGUAGCGCGGAAGUAACUUCAACGUUAUUAUUGCAGCCUGGAGCCUUGCGGCACAUUGCUGUCUCUACACAACGCCCAACAGAAUUCGCUUUUGGCUGCCGUUCAUUUGCGAAACGUGCACCAUUUCUCGCGCACUUUUAAUUAGCAUAAAAGCCGUCCAUCACUGGCCAAAACAUCGAUCGCUUAUCGAAAGCGAAAGUUUACUCUCGUUCAACAAGUGGGCGCUGGUCACUCUUCAUUUUUUUUGUUUUUUUGAUCUCACUUGCGUCUUUUUUGUGAAAUUUGCUUGCAAUUAAAUUACCUUGAACCGUGUUUAUUGCCAAAAAAAGCUUCGCUUACGCCCGUGUAGUCUGUGUAAUGCGUGAAAUUCAUUCGCAAAUUGUGCGCUAAAAAACAAAAACAAAACAAAGUGUACACUAAAAGCAUAAAAGUGAAAUUUACCGUUAAUCGUAAAGCGAAAAAAUUUUCAAAAACUAAAAGUAAAAUUGUGCUGCGUCUGCUCGAGCGCCAAAAUGCCUUCGACCGCGCAUCCUCGCUUCAUCUUCUAUCUGCUCUGCGCCGCCUCGCUGCUCGCCGUGGCACGCUCCGAUCCCACCGGCACUCGCAAUCAGCGUCGCUAUGAAGACUCCGGCGAAGAUAUCGCCUAUGAAGCAGCGAAGCAAUUGGGCCAAUUAAACUAUCGUCUCAAUCAGCUGGCCUUCGAGGAACAAUCCCGGCAAAUAUCUCUACCAAAUAUCACGAUCAAUAAUCUGGUAAGCCGCAUACCCUGCACCUGCGACAAGGGUAUAUGCAAAUGUUGUGCUGGAUUUCUCUCUGUAAUCGGCUUAAACAGCUGCACCGAGGUCGUCUAUCGGCCUGAAGAAUUCUCUUUCGAGUUGCGCAUGCGUGUCAAUAACAAUGUGUGGUUCAAGCGUAAGGUCUCCGGUCAGAACCCGCCGCCAUUCUGCUUCCGUCCGCCACGUUUCAACUUUGCGAGGGCCUGUAUACAGUUCCAUGACAUCUGGUUUGUGGGACGAAAUAUGCAUGUCUGCAUGUAUUUGUCGGGCUCAUUUCAAGGCUACGAACUCUUCGAACGCAACUUCGAUUGUCUACUCUUUGGCGAUAAGGGUGUCAAAAUUGUUAAGCCCGAGGACGGCUAUCCCGUGCGUCCCACCGACGUGGAUAUCGAUGAUGGUGAUGAUGAAAUCGAGGAGUAUGAUGAGAAUGUGGUGCGCAGAAGACGACACAGUCGUCUGAGUAAAGUUAUGCGCACGAGAGAUGAAGCCUAAUCUAUAUAAAUUCCUCAUGCCAUUCUUCAUGACUGAUAACUUAUCUUAAAUUAUUUUCUAUUUUAUAUCUAAAUUAGCUAGUUUUACAUCUAAAUUAUUUUAUACCACAACACCAUGUCUAUAAAUUUCAUGUGUUUCAAUG